CGACUCGUGAAAUCUCUAUUUGUAUGAAUUCUGGAAAAAACUCCAAAUUUAAAUUUACUUUGCGUUGUAACGAAUUAGAAAGAGCAGGUUUCCGAUAAUCGAUCUCAAAAUCCUCGAUUCGUGUAUCGAUUUUCUAUAUAAGAGUUGAAUUUUUAAGUGUGAUGAAGGAUUCUUCGGGAAUCUCGUAGAAAUGGCGGAUCAGACGAUCGAGAAACGUUCGUCUGAAGUUGAUGAUCAUGAGAGAGAACCGAGUAAAAAGAAGGACGUUACCGAGGAUCCAGAAACCUUCAGCUGUAUGCUUCAGCCCUGUCCUGCCGACUCCGAUCCUAAAUACGUCGGAAUUCGCCGCCUUCUUCUCUUUCGGAAAGCUCAGUCAGGCGUUCUUCGCCGAAAGGACUGGAGAUGCAAUGCUAAAGGCUAUGUAGCUUAUCGCAAUUUCAUCAACAGGCCAGAUAAUUGGUUAAAUUCGCAAAUACCAAGUCGCACUAGCACCCCUGGAACCAGUGGUCGAUGGGUACCAUCUCCAACUCCAAGUCAACUAUCUAUGGCUCUUGAGGUGGAAAACUGGUCCACUGGUAGCUGGACUGGUAUGAAGGAUCUACGUGAUAGUCAAACACCGAGUCAUAAUACUGUUAGUAGUUUUGGUGUAAGUUCAACUGAAUUUGAACACCCUCGUCGAAAAACUGAACAUGCAUAUUCGUUUGUGGGAAUGCAUUGCAUCUUUGAUGAAUGCAAAUCAAUGGUUACUGUUAUAAAGUUUGGGCAUAUGAGUUCUGAUGUUCUUGCUUAUGGAGCAACAGAUGGAACAUUAACAGUUUGCAGUGUCUCUGAUCCACCUUCAAUCAUGAACAAAUUGACUGGGCACUCAAAAGAUGUCACAGAUUUUGACUUUUCAUUGAACAACCAGUACAUUGCAUCAUCUUCAUUGGAUAAAACUGUCAGGGUUUGGGAUAUACCAAAUGGCCUUUGCAUUCGAGUAAUAUAUGGAGUUACUUCUCAGCUUUGUAUUCGUUUUCAUCCUGUGAAUAAUAACUUCCUUUCAGUUGGCAAUGCACAAAAAGAAGUCUCGAUAUUCAAUUUUAGCACGGGAAGAGUAAUAAGUAAAACAGUUGUGGACAGUGAGGUUACGACUCUUGAUUAUGACCAUACGGGUCAGUUUAUUUUUUGUGGGGAUGCACAGGGAUGUAUAUACACAGUUAAAGUAAACUCUCAUCAAGGUACUUUAUCACGCUCACAUCGCACUAAAACUAGCAGCAAGGAAAAGUCAGAAUUCACUACUAUACAAUACAGAACAUUUUCUUUAAUGACACAAGGUCCUGUGUUAUUGGCUCUUACACGAGAUGGAAAUUUGUCUUUCUUCAGUGUUUCUUUGGAGUUACAAGGCUAUUUGACUCUACAGUGCUCCCUCAAGUUGGCCCCACGUCUUCAUAGCAUUCGUGCUUCUUUUUGUCCAUUACUUUCCCUUGAAAAAGGGGAAUAUAUAGUGAUUGGAAGUGAGGAUGCAGCUGUGUAUUUCUAUGACUUAACUCGGCCGAAGAAUACAUGUGUGAACAAACUCCAGGGACAUGGAUACCCGGUGAUUGCAGUUGCAUGGAAUCAUGGUGAGAAUCUUUUGGCUUCCUCUGAUUUUGGUGGCACUGUAAUUGUUUGGAAGAGAGAAAAAUCAAAGCAAAAAGAGGUCACCUAAAAUAAAAUCCUUUUUUUUUCCAACUCUUUUUCUGAUAUCUAGAUCAAUGUAAAUUAGGUCAUUUUUAGAUAAAAUCAUUAAGGUAGUUGAAAUACAACAGUUUAAAACAUGUAUUUUUUUUUAAUCAUCGACUUCAAGUAGGCAUUUCACCAUUGUCUGAUUCACAAUCUUUGUGAUAAAAGGUACCAGUAGAAAAUACACAAGUAUGAUUCUAAUAGAAAAAUUACUUGUGGACA